UUUCUGAAUGGAACCAGGCAGCAGGGAGGAGUCAGCGGGGUUGUGAGUGUUGGAACGCGGCUUGUCCCUGUUGCCAUGGUGAUGAGGUUACUCUGGCAGCAGCGGUGAAGUCUCUGAGAGCGAAUCUGUGUCUGUGUCUGUAAUUUGACUGACAGGUGAAGAUGAACGCAGCGGUGACACAGCGGCACGCCAGAGCUUUUCUACCGGAUAUUACCACUAACAGCAACAAAGAGAGGAACAGCACUCAGCACAGCAGGGUGCAGCAGGAGAGGGACUCGCUGUCACAGAAAUCAGCUCAGAUUCCCUCCAAGGCUGAAAUAUCACUGUUCAAAAACAGUCCAAAGCAGAACAUCUGUGUGGAGCUGCUUCAGCAAGGCUAUCACAGGACAGACACAGGAAGUGUCCACGCUCAGCAGUUAUCGUCCUGUGAACCCACGGUCUUUCACUCCCUCAGGACGUUCUCGGAGCUCUUCUCUCUGCUGCGCUCUGAUCAGGAUCGCAGGGCGGCGGCUGAACCAGGGUCAGAUCUCGGGCUUCAGACUCCGCUGGAGGACCAGCGGGACAAACUGGAGACCAUGAGACUGCACCUGAGCCAGGCGGAGCAAGCUGAAAACACCAGUUCCUGGACGGUGGUGUGUGAGCAGCGUCUGUUUCUAGGUCGGUACUUCUCUGCUCCAGAGGAUCUCUGGCUCAGUUUGCACUUCUACCACAGCUGCACAGACCUAGAGCGAGGAGGCCACUCCAGACCGGCCACAGAGGCACAGGCGUGCAUGGCGGAGCUCUACCUGCAACUAGAUGAGCUGGAGCAGGCGAAGCAGCAGGCGGAGCUGUGUAUGCAGCAGGCAGACGGCGCCGGCUGGCUGGACUCAGCCGGUCUCCCCCUGAGGCUCUGGGCCCGCAAGAUUCUGUGGAGGAUCUACAGCCGACUGGCUGACGCUCCGCUGGAGGCCGCAGACCACAGGGAGGCACUGAGGCUGCUCCACAAGGGCUACAGCAUGGCUAAAGAGUCUGACGACAAACAGAUUGAAGGGGAGGCGUCUUAUCGACUCGGACUGACCUAUCAGAGCGCAGGAGACCAUACCACAGCCAAACAGUUCUUCAACACUUGCAUGCAGAUUUGCGGCACACUGCAGGAUGCAAACGGGCUGGGAAAGGCCUACAAGGCUAUGGCCAAGUCUAUACAGAGCGAGGGUAACAUACAUGACACACUCCAGUGUCUGGAGAAGUUUGCUGACAUCUCCCGUAGUGAAGGGCUGCAACACAACCUGGUGAACGCCUACCUGUGUCUGGGCAGUAUCUACUGUACAAUGCGUCAGUAUGACAGAGCUCGUGAGUACUUCCUGCAGGGUUAUGACGUGGCCUGUAACCUGGGAGAUGUGUCUCUGCUGCAGAAAGCACAGGUGUUGGUGGGCAGUGCUCGCGCCCGCUGCCUUAUCGGGAAAUACAGCGCUGACGUGCAGUCGACCUCGACUGACGCCCUGCAACGACUGCUGGCGUGGAAGGAGCCGGGGGACUCAGUACUGCUACAGCCUGGUGUUAACGCUUCAUGAAGAACCAGGUGAAUACUGCUGUUGGGACUGCUGGGAGACACACCUCCAAAUCACAGCACGUUACAGGAAAUAAACACUGUAAAUUUAUAACAUGACAUCAUCUUAUCCCCGUGCCAGUCAAAUUAUUGACAUGAUAAAAACAUGACAGGUGUGUGAAGUUACCUCCGUUUUAAGAGGAGCUUUUAUGCUACAGUCACUCACAUUAAAGGAUAACCUCUGCAUAACUAACUAAAUAACUUUGCGUCUGUUGAUGUGUCCAGUGUGUGCCAGGGGCAACACUUAACGACGUUCUCCCGGACUUGUGAACGCAGCACAGUCACCACAGCUGAAAGCAACAAACAUUAUGCAACAGUGCAAAUAACAGAUUUCCUGAUCAGCUGGCGUCUGGUUUCAGAUCGCAGCUGCGGCUUGUAAGAUAAUGAGUUAAUAAACAGGCGGAGACGCAUCAUCAGAGCUCGCUGAGUCAGCCCUGUCUGUCCGCCAGCUCUUCAUAUGUUUGUGUCUGUUGAGCCGAGCAGAGGAAACGACGAAGAGGAGGAGCAUGAAGGUCUGAAUGUCCUCGUCAUGUUUUUAUAUAUUGCUUAUUCUCCGUGAUUAUUUGCUGUUGUGCAGAAUAAAAAUGUUUUGGAGUGAAAUACAAUCUGUGAUCUCAUUGGCUGCAUUUUAAAAAUGAUGAUGUAACUUCUUAAAAUACUUGAAAAAAAAUGUGUUUCCUACUUAGAUCAUAAAAAAUAGAAGCUUUUAUUUAUUUUACUGUACCGUCAAACAGUCGAUUAUUAAUGUGAUAAAUUAUGUCAGAAUAAUUAGAAUAAUAAGCCAAAAUUAUUUGCAAGUUAUUUUCCUUUUUUUUUUAAUAAUGAAGAACGUUAUUUAGAUUGUUUGUGUAUUUAGAAACUUUUGCAUGCUUAAUUAUUUUUCAUAACUGACUUACUUUUACAUUUUCAGUUUAAAUCACUGUGAUCAUUAAGUGAUUGUUUAUUAUUCCUUUAUACUCCAUAUUCAUUCAUUUAUUUAUUAACGUGUCCUUUCGUCUUUUUCGAAGUACAAACAACCCUAUUUCGUUCUUUUUAACAAUCUGUAUGAAAAUCUGUCCAUCUUAUUAAUUUAUCAUAUCAUAGGUUAAAAAUGUUUAUGAACUCGUUCUUUUUUUAAACAACCAAAUAUAAUCUAAGUUUUUUUAAAAACAAUUUCUUUGAUCAUCUGUAUGAUGUAGACUUUAUGAUAUAAACCUUGAUUUUUACUGUUGUAAAACUUUAUUUUGUUAAAAUUGUCUUUGAUUUGUCUUCAUGUCAAAAGGUUUAAAUUUAACAUU